AAGCGACCCAACUCGGUAUUUAGUGCCGUUACAAAAAUGUUAGUCGAUUUGUGUAGUGCAGAGUGCGUAAAAUUUAGUGAGUGUUCCCGAAUACACUGAUCACCCAAAACGUACCUGCUCUUGCACAAAAGCCGGCAUCAUUUGUUUUGUUUGGAUGAUACGGAAUUCCAAAUUUGUAAGGUUUAAUGAAGGCCCACACCGCCCGCCGAAACCACUUUACCAUUAGCAUUUUAGAUUCGCUAACCCAAAUUCAUAAUGAGCUGUAAAGUAGACAUAAAAAACUCUCAAAUCAAAUAAAACAAACCAUGCUGCCAGAAUAUGUGGAAGCUUCGCCAAAGUAGCCCUUCCCGCGCCAGCAUACAAAUGGUUCUGAAAGAUGCUGAAACACAUAACAAAUGGAGGUAUCUCGAGUCGAGGUACCAGACCAGACAGCUCCAUGGUCCUGGAAUCCAGGGUGGAGCCCGGGCCUCACAGGUACAGGUCACCGAAUGCGAACAGCUCCAGAAUAUCCCAGCAGUAUCCCCUAAAUGUCUCCCACUUGCAUUCUACGAAUCUUGACACUUCGAAGCAUUCCUUGUACAGUAACACAGUGCUGCCCCCUGGUAGUAAAGCUCUUAAUGGGGGUUUUAAUAUAUCUAGGGUGCGAAGUCAAGGGCCUGUCAAUAAAUUCAUAGCUAAGUCAAAGGAAGUGGGGAUAAAAGAAAUGUUAGUAAGCUUAGGAUUACUCUGCUUAGUGAGCUUACUUCUAGCACUACUAUCUCUAAUAUUCCUUCUCAAAAUAUCACCCGUGACAGCUAAUGAUAUCCGUGAAUUGUUGAGAUCGGAACAACUGACUGUGAUAACUGCCGAAGAAUAUGUUGUGGUUUACGAAGUGACUUUAGCGUUGUGUGCUUUGACAUUAUCACUAAAUUUGUGCUGCCUUUUAGUGUGUGCUAUCCAGUUUUUGUUCGCCGUUAAGUUGGUUAAGAGUCCGCAUGGAGGAAAUGACAGGACCAAUAAGUAUUUGCAGAAAUCAUCAGUUAGUAGGGUGUGUGCCGUUGGAGGAUUUUUUGUCUCGAUUCCAGUCUUCUUAACAGGUAUCAUCUUGUACACUUUCAUCCAGUUCCACUCAACACCUGCCAUAGUGACAAGUGUCUUCAUAGGAUUGGGUAUUAUAUUCUGCGGUUGCGCAAUGGUUCACAACGUCUUCAUCUGGCAAAAAGAAAAAACCAACGCCGUGAAAGAACUAGCUCUCCAGCAUCACGAAACAAGUUUACAUCAUAACUCUUUUCAUAGCCUCGCUUCUCCACAACCAGCUCAAAUGAACCACUCCCAUACCAGUAACUUCAACCAUAGCUUCGGCCAUCCUCUGGCUUCGGUGCACAACGGGCCUUAUAUUGUCAGACCUGCGACCACCACACCGCCGAACGGAGAUAAUUUGAAUUUGACGAAAAUGUCACAUCCUAGAGAGGCCAGCGGUUCGGUCAGUCCUGGUAUGCCUAAUGUUACCAUGGACAUGAGUAGUGUGGGUACCACAAACUCCCCUCACGAACUGUCUACUUUGGUUUAAAAAUAAUUCAGUUUGUUGCAAAAUCUCAAUGGAAGCAAUAAAUGGACUGUAAAUAAUACUCAAAGAGCUCCAGAAAUAAAUAUUCGAUCAAAUAAAUCUACCUCUCGGGUGUUUGGUAAGGUUGCAUAUACAGGGUGUCUCAAUGUUUUUAUAUAAAUUGGAGUCUUUUAUUUCAUAAAAAAAAUUAAUUCUUCAUAAAAAAUUCUGCAUCACAUGGGAAUCCAUAAUAAAGUAAUAAAUUUUGUAAAAUAUAGGUUACCAAACCUGAAAAUAUUAAUUAAUUGGUUGAUAGGAAUGAAUGUAUUUAAUUUUAAGUGUUUUCGAUUUACUGUAUUCAAUAAAUAAUCCAAAAGCAAUUCUCUCGCCAAAGUGUGUAUUAAUUUUUUUUUUAUUUUUGCAAAUUUCAUCUUUUUAUAAAAAUCUUUCCCAUUUGCAUAAAACUUUUUGGGACACACUGUAUAUUCAAGUAUAGAAUAUUGAAUAUGCAUUAGGAAUCGCCUAGUACCUAACAAAAUAGAGUUCAACAAUGUAUUUUAUUGGAAAAUAGCGAAAACGUUCUACCACCUUUCCUAGUUUUCAAGAUGUAUACGUACAUUUUGAUUAAAUCAAAAAUUGUAAAAAAAUAAUAUGUAUUUCAUUUAUUUAUUUUAUUAUCAUAUAAUAUUAUAUGGGGUUUCCUUUUCAUGAUUUUCAUCGUUUUUCUGUUUAUUUACAUUAUUUAUAUAAAGUCGCAUCAUUUUUUACAGGAUCUCUAAACAUGUGUAUCAUGAAUAUCUUUGUUAUUAACAAAUUCUCAGAAGGUUUUAUUACAAGUUGCUUUUUUUAGAUUUGAAUAUUAGCUAACCAGAUGUUCACAAUUUUUAAAUGUGCGAAUUGUGAAGCAAUAAAUUAUUGUUAUAAGAAUAACAAUUCUCUGAAUAACCUAAGCCAAUAAAAAUCAAACUAUUUGAAUAGCUACAUUAAAUUCGAGUGUCUAAAUAAUUUAAAAAUAUAUUAUGAGAUAUAAGAAGUUGGUUUAGGGUUUAACAGGCUAUACCGGGUGUUCAAAUUAAAGCGUUACAGCUAUAUACCGCUUUUUAUAUAAAAAAAAAACGUUUCAGAUGAAAGUUUUAUAGUUUUGUGGGGAAAAAGUUUUGGCUAAAAUCGUUUUUUAUAGCUAACCAUAAUAUAGCCAACUUUUCUUUCGGGCAGCAAAAUUUUCAAGUAGCUGUUACUCAAAAAGUAAAAGUCCAAUAAAAAAACUGGGGUUCCAAUUUGAAAAAAAAAAAAUUCCACCUCGAUAUGGCCAUAUUAUGGUCAGCUAUAAAAAAAUUAAUUUAGCCAAAAUGUUUCCCCCAAAAAACUAUAAAACUUUGGUCUGACACUUUUUUUUCUAAAAUGCAUAUUUUCGGCGGUAUUUAACUGUAACACUUUAAUUUGAACACCCGGUAUAUUUCAGAAAUAUUAGAUACAGAAUCUUCAACAAUAUCCGUAUUCCACGUGACUAAAUUGAUGUCAUCAGUUCGCAAAAAAAAAAUAGUAAUUUUAGUAGUAAGUAACACUGAAACAAUGUCACUGACCUAUUUGACAGAACUGAUACUGUAACGGCCCACUCCUUAUACCCCUUUGAUCGUUAUUUUACUCUCUGAGAUGUUAUUAUUUACCUCACAAGUUUAUUUUAUUUUUGUUUAUACUUACUGUAUUUGGCCUUUUUCCUCUAAUAGUAAAAGUGAUCGUUGAGUUAAUUAAUUGAUAAUUUAUAUACCCACGUUGUGUUAAUGUUAAUUAAGGUAAAUCGUAAAUAAGAUUUAAUUAUCUGGGGGAUUUUUCAUUAAAUGAAGGAUUUCGAAUUUAAUAAGAAUGCAAUAAUUAUCUUUACUAAAUGGAAUUAAUAAAUUAUUAAGGUACCUGGGUGAGGUAGGUUACAAUACUUGUCAUAAAAGUCACUAACAACGGCCAAUUUCAUUAAAUUAUUAUUAUUUAACCAGAUCACGUGGGAUAUGAGUAUUGUCGAAGACUCCUUAGAUGUGUUUCAAGAAAUAAAAAGACCGGGCGGUCGUCUCUACCCACAAGAGUCGAAUCGAAUAACUCCAAUCGUUUCACCUUGGCAUGGAACCAUCGGUGAAGCAUAAAUUCAAACCAGCAAAAAACCUCUCAAAAUAACCAGGGGCGCAUAUACGGUAAUGAGGGUAGUUACCUCUCCAAGAAUUUUUAAAGCUAGCGUUUUAUAGGUACUAAAUGUAUUAUUAUCAAAAAUAAGGUCAUAAAUAUUACCACUACCUCCCAGACUUAAACUACGCCACUGAAAAAACCAUAAAUUUAACUUAAAUCACAAAACAGCAAAAUCUAAUGCACAUCCGAUAGGGUGACCAGAGGUACAGCAUUUUGCUGUAUUGUACAGCCUUGUCAAAGUCUGUCCAGCAUUUAUUCUUGUACAACAGAAUGCCAUUAUUGUCCAGCAAUAUAAUACAUAAUUUACUUGAACGUAACAAAUAAGACUCCAUCAUUGGGUCAAAAUAAUUAUGGUCACCCUAGCAUACCGACAUGACUAUCAGAUGUCCUGAACAGCUUUGCUGGCAAUCAUAAUACCUAUGUCAAACCCUGCUCUAAGCAAUUAUGAUCGGAACUUUAUUUUUUGAAACAUCUCUACACACCAUCGCUCUGCAUAUUUAUUUGUUUUCUGUUUUUCAGAUGACAUUGAAAAUAUUAUAUUAUAUAAUUUAUAUUUAUUAGGUAGGUACUACAUCGAUGGCUUGAGUGCAAAACGUCGUAACCCCAAAAAGUAAAUUUUACAGGGGAAUAAAAAAACCAAAUAGACUUUAGAUGUAAUUUCGAAGAGCAACUUUUUGUUUUGGCGCGUAAAAUUAAUUUCAUUUUAUAUUGUUGCUUACGAUAGUUUUUUACAAGACGCAGCUAAAACAUACGACUUCAAUGACGCAAAAAGCGAUUUUUUGAAAUUUUGUGGGUUACGACGUUUUGCACUUAAGCCAUCGACAUAUUUGUGUAGCUUAAAUGUCAUUUAAAAGAUUGUGUAUAAUCCAAAAACAAUUUCUUGUUUGCCUCUUCCUAUAUUUUUUAUAGGAAGAUCAGUUUUUAAUUAUUUAAAAACGUUAUUGUGAUUUAUAAGAAAACAAAAAAUCAGAAUAAACCCCAUUAAGGAAACAAAAUAUUUAAAUUAAAUAUUUUUACAUAGAAUGUAUAGGGUAUUAUGUCACCCAAUGUUUAAUUAUCAUAUUUAAUGGGCUUUCAAAAUAUUUCCCUAAUAUAAUUUGUUUUGAUUCACUAUAUGAUUUCUUCAUUAUCCAGUCAGAUAUUUAUUGUACAUAACUACUUAUUUUUUUUACAAAUUGUUAUUGUAAAUUAAAAAUGAAAUUGUUUACAAUAUUCAAAGUACCUAUUGCGACAUUCAAAUUGCACCAAUCUUGGCUUUGAAAGGUUUCUUAAAGUACCUCCAUAUGAUUUCAAAUUAUGCAAAAGCCAACAACAGAUGCCUUAUAUAAAUAAGUAAUGGAGGGAAGUUUAUUAGAGCUAAUGAAAAGGAGAUGGCAAGAGAAAAAUAACCUAAGGAUGAACAAAGGUCGCAAUAGGAUAAGCUAGUGCCAUAUCCAUGCCUAUGUCUACCACAUACACAGUUAAAAUAACUAGAACUUACCUUGCUAUCCACCUUAAAAAUCAUUAAUGAGAAUAAAUAAAUUUUAAAUAGGUAAUUGUUCAACACAAAAGUACUACGUACCAAUCUAUCAAAAUCGGCCACUUUUUGUACCUUAUUCGCCCUAUAACUUUAAUUCGAUUUUGUAACUACUUGCAUAGUAGUAAGUUAAUGUACCUACUAAAAUAAUUUUUUUGAUACUUCUAUCCUUAAUAUAAUAGGUAAUUUAGUAUAUGAUAUUCUACGAAAGGACUUUUAAUAUUGUAGACAAAUUUUAAUAAAAUUGAUGUUUAUUUAAAUACAGAUUGUUAACUUUAUUACGCAGACUUUAAUUGAGAGACAAUGAGAUUUAAGCACGCCUUUCUGGUUCAUGGGUACACCAUGUGUCUGUCAAAAUUAAAAGGGAUUUUAUUUACUUUCCUAUCACUAUCUAUGUAUCUACGUGACAGUUUAUUAAAAAUCAGCGUAAAGAAUUUAACAAUUUAUAUACCAAAUAUACUGUUAAUAUAAUCUAAACAAAAAAUAAAUGUAUAUAAUUUAUAUUAAAUAAGUGGCAAAAAGGGUUUUAAAACUGUAUAUAGUAUCUCAUUUCUCAAAAAUAUACAGGAAAAUUAAACAGAUAUAGCCAAAAAUGUAUUUGGGUAUACAUAUCUUUCAGCCCUACCGUAUAUUUUUCUGAAAUCAACUCGAG